CAGAGCGGCUCUGAUCAGACCACCAGACCAUCAACAACAAUGCCCUAUAUAGUCUGGAGCAAUAACCUCCACAGCCUUCGCACACGGGCUUCUGCUAGCCGCUAGUGACCGUGUUCAUAUUUUAGACUACCUGUCGGACGAAGGCGAAUUCACACACUCCCCUUCUAAGUUAGCAUCGUUCUUCCUGGUUUCGGUAUAGGGGAGCACCCUGUCUCUACUCCUGCGUCCUCUCGACGGUGAUGCGCUGUCAGUGCUUUCGUUCCUUGCAUGUGUAGUGUAGCGUACAGUAUAGGGUAGUUUCCGUUAGAGUGCCUGUCUUCGUUUCAUCUGUAAAUGUUAUGUCUGGUAGCGGACCACAGACGUUUUGAGGGCGGGUUUGCAGUACAAGAUUGUCAAGCAGCAUCAGCAGGUCUGCAUCCCGGCACAGGGCCUCUGGUCAGGAUGGGCUUCGGAGAGGAGCUAUGGUGCCCACAGGCCCACGCCUCCCUCAUGCGGCUGCAGGACUCCGAGCUGCGCCUCAUGGAGCUCGUCAAGAAGUGGAUGACCCAGAGGGCCAAGAGUGACCGCGAGUUCUCCACCCAGCUGCACCAGAUGUCCGUCAUGGUGGAGAAGCUGGAGGGCACUCAGCCUGGUGGAGGCCUGGACUACAUCAGUCACCUGAAUAAGUCGUGGAACGUGUUGGUGAGCCAGACAGAGAGCUUGAGUCGUAUCAUGAAGAAGCGCUCGGAGGAUCUGUCGGUGGGACCCCUGAGCAAGCUCACUUUGCUGAUCCGAGACAAACAGCAGCUACGCAAGUCCUACAGUGAGCAGUGGGUGCAGCUGAACCAGGACCUGUGCAAGGUGACUCAGACCGAGCCCGAGAAGUUAAGAGGCAGCUAUAAGCAAUUGGUCAGGGAAGCUGCUCAGGCCAAGAAAAAGUACCUGGAGGCCAGCAAAGAGCGUGAUCGUGACCGGGCGCGGGAACGCUACGUGAAGGCCACGCUGAAGCUGCACGAGCUGCACAACGACUACGUGUUGGCCGUGCGGGCGGCUCAGGUCCACCACCAGCAGCACUACAGCCAGAGCCAGCCAACACUCCUCUCGGCCCUGCAGACACUGCAGGAGGAGAUGGUCCUAGUGCUGAAGGAGAUUCUGCAGGAGUACUUUGACCUGACAACCCUGCUCCAUGAGGAAGUGGUGUUGGUUCACACGGAGAUGACGAGUGCCCUGAACGCCAUCAGCCCCGAGAGGGAGUACGACAGCUUCAUCCAGCAGAACAGGUCAGUAGCGGAAGUGCCAGCGUGUGUGGAGUUUGACUGCAGUGUUCUGGAGGAAGCGGAGAAACUCCAGGCUGAGGAGCUGGUGCUUAAUGAGCUCACUCUAGAAGGGCUUCAGCACCGGCUGACCACAGUGGAGGACGAGCUGCUGACCUUGACCACCACGCUGGGGAACCAGCAGGCCACAGUCACCCAACUGGAGCUGGACCUGCAGUCUGAGCAGGAGGGCCCGAUACUCAGUGGACAGAGGAUAUAUCAGUACAGUAAGCGCAACGCUCUAGAGGACAGCCGUCAGCAGGUGAUGGUUUCCAUGGUGACGAGGGCGCGGCUGGAGGCCCAGAGGCUGCUGCUGGCCGAGAAGCUCCAGUGGCUGGGCGACCGCGAUCCGCCGCGCAUCGACCUGGACGACGACGACCGCCGCUCCAUCACCUCGUCCACCUCCAGCGGUGGAGAGAGGGAGUUCCGGCUGCCCAACUUGGAUUCGGUCAUGUCUCAUCUCGGUGCCCUCUUCAAGCCCAAGUACACGGUGCCCCCAGCGCUGACUCCAGUGGCUGAGUCGGACAAACCUCUAGCUCAGCAGGGCUGGUACCAUGGGGCGAUCCCUCGCCUAGAGGUCCAGGAACUGCUCAAGAGCGAUGGAGACUUCCUGGUGCGGGAAAGUCAGGGUAAACAAGAGUAUGUGCUCUCAGUGCACUGGGGAGGACAGUGUCGGCAUUUCCUGAUCCAGAGCUCAGAUAACAUGUUCCGUCUGGAUGGUGCAAGCUUCCGCAGUGUCCCUCUGUUGGUGAACCACCUCCGCAACUCCAAUCAGAGUGUCACCAAGAGGUGUGACAUCAGACUCAAAAGACCUAUACUCAAGGACAAAUGGGUUCUGGAACAUGAUGACGUCAUCUUGGGCCAGAGCAUUGGGCGGGGGAACUUUGGUGAGGUGUUUAGUGGUCGUUUACGCUCUGAUAACACUCCGGUGGCUGUUAAGUCCUGCAGGGAAAACUUGGCACCAGAUCUGAAGAACAAGUUUCUAAUGGAGGCCAGGAUUUUGAAGCAGUAUGACCACCCCAACAUCGUGAAGCUGAUUGGUGUGUGCACACAGAAGCAGCCCAUCUACAUCAUCAUGGAACUGGUGCAGGGAGGAGACUUCCUGUCCUUCCUGCGCUCCGAGGGACAUCACCUGAGAUCUCACAUGCUCCUCCGCAUGGCAGAGAAUGUGGCGGCCGGCAUGGAGUACCUGGCCAGCAAGAAGUGCAUCCACCGUGACCUGGCGGCACGUAACUGCCUGGUGGGGGAGCAGAGCGUGGUGAAGAUCAGUGACUUCGGCAUGUCGCGUGAGGAGGAGGACGGUGUUUACUCCGCCGCCGGGGGCAUGAAGCAGAUCCCAGUCAAGUGGACGGCGCCCGAGGCCCUUAACUACGGGCGCUACACCUCCGAGAGCGACAUGUGGAGUUUCGGCGUGUUGCUAUGGGAGACGUUCAGCCGGGGCAUCACCCCGUACACCAACAUGUCCAACCAGCAAACACGCGAUGAGGUGGAGAGAGGCUUCCGGUUGCCAGCACCCAGUAACUGCCCAGCUGAGGUGUACGCGCUGAUGUCACAGUGCUGGCAGUACGACCCCAGGAGACGGCCCACCUUUUCCAAAAUAAGGCUGGACUUAAGUCACUUGUGCCAUUAGUCUCUGUGGAUGCACAUGGGACGACAACAGACAUGACCUGCCUUCGGUUUUUAAACAGACAGGGGUCCAAGUUGAAGCCCUGACCUCCUGUUUUCUCCUGGGCUUGGCAUGCUGCACUGCCCGGUCCCUGUGCUUGAUCCCCGCUGGGGCUGCCUGAAGUCCUCUGAGGUGCCUGGUGCCUAGAUGGGUUGGCGAGAGUGUGUUUUCUCAUUACAGUGGGUGUCUGCGAUACCAUGCUUGGGUGCGUCUCUUCAUACUGUCACUUGAACAGGUGCCAUUCAGGUGUGUAGCUCCUCAUACCUCAGCUGGAAUGGCUGGAUAUGUGAAGGUCCCCUAUAGUCACCUGUGUAUGAGACACCUGUGUGUGACCUCACCUGUGUGUGACCUCAACUGUAUGUGACCUCAACUGUAUGUGACCUCACCUGUGAGGUCACACACCUGUUUUCAAGCACUGUGGUUAAUGAAGCCAUCCGUUUGUUAACACAGUCAUACUUUUUUUAAUGCAGCGAGGCGGCACAAAAAAUAUUUUUUUAUCAAGAGAUAUUUUUUCAGUAAUUCCUUUCAAAAGACAGUACAUCUGUCUUUGGUGCUCUGGCAAUCCAGUUAGAUCCAUACUGAUGCCAGUACAAAGCCUUUAUUUAUGCCAGUACAUAUGUCAGUCGUGCACAGGUUUUGGAAAUCCUGAAUGUAAAAAAAAACAGUGAUUUGCAUGUGUCCCAGCUACCAUUAAUAGUGCCAUAGCAUGGUUUGUUUGAGAUUGUAAUUAGAUUUAUGUAUUUAUAUAUAAUUAUAAAGAUUAAUUCCCUUCCAUGCAAUUCUGUUAGAGGUUAUAGAAUGUGUUUGUGCUUGAUAGAAUGUUUGAAUUUUUGCAACAGAUUUUGUCUUUAUUCUUUAUUCUAUGAUCUUUAAUAUUUUGACCAGGGCACAGGCCUUUCUAAUUUGAACUUGGUUUCAGCAUUCUCCUAUGGUUUGUCUUCUUGUGUGAAUAUGUUUCACAUGUAUUGGUUCUGUGAAUGGGAUUGUAUGUAUAUUUGUUUGGAUGGCAUAUUACUUUUUGUAAAACAUCUUCAUCACACCUACAGUAAUUAUCAUUUCCCAAGCAGCUUGUAUCUCUGGAUGCAAACAUGAAAGACUUUCAUGUGAAAUAUACACUUUGGUUCAGGGAAUAUAUGCUAUAUCACUCAGACAAUAGCAAAUGUACACAUUCUUAUUGUAAAAAGGUUUUUUGAUAUUAUAAUAUUGAUAUGUUAUAUACAUAUUUAAACUUCAGCUGCCAUAAAGUUGU